AUGCACAACCGAAAACACGAAAAAAUCAAGUGUGAUAUCUGUGACCGUUUGAUAAGACCAGACAACAUGAAGAGACACAUCAGAAUGCAUACAUCAGGUCCAUCAGUUUGUUCUAUUUGUGGAGCCACAUUCAAAAAUGCUGACUGUUUAAGACCUCACGUCUUUCAUUACCAUAAGCAUACUGCUCAACAGUACAUUUGUGAAGAAUGUGGUAAAGGCUUUCGAAUGAAACAUAAAUUCUUAUUGCAUAAAAAAAAGGUUCAUAUGGGUCUAAAGAGCUUUAAAUGCAGUACUUGUGGAAAAGCUUUCUUUACCAGUACUGAUUUAUUAAAACAUGUUCGAAUGACCCACGAAAAACUGAGACCUCAUGUGUGUGAAUAUUGUGGUACCGGCUAUUCUUCUACAUAUGCUUUAAAAACUCACAAAAGACAACAUACCAAUGAAAAACCGUUCGUUUGUGAUCACUGUUUCGAAGGGUUUAGACAGCGGGUUUCAUUACGGUCCCAUUUGAAAUCAAAACAUGGAAUAGAGGAAGCCCUGGAAUUCAUUUGUAAAACUUGUGAGAAAGGCUUCGCUACAGAUUACGCUUUGAGUAUACAUCAAAGGUCACACGAAUCUAAGAAGUGUGAAAUUUGCUCAGAAAAUUUUGCUGGAGAUGAAUAUCUGACAAAGCAUCUUAGAGAAGUUCAUCAAGUAGAAGUAGAAAUAAACCAAGAUAGUUAA